AUGUCCGACCCCAUCCCGCUCGAGACGUACGCAGACCCGGACACAUUCGGGCUCAAGCGCGACUUUCGCAGGCUCGGUACGGCAUUGGGUCGAAGCCGUCCUUCGCAGCAGGCAGCUGGAGGCGCUGGAAACGCGACAGCACCCGUCAACAUCCGUGCAGGCGCUGGCGAGCGAGCACCCCGCUCGCUUCUCGAGAAGACGUGGGCCUACAUCGAGAUGCAUGUUUGCUGCGGGGGCGGCGCGGGCGUAGAGUGA